AUGUUCAAGCUUUCAUGGGAGAUGGAAUCAAACAAAUUGGAAACCGCCAUUCAACUAAAGAUCGGCAAAAUCGCAUUUCCUGGAUCCCGAAACGUGAUUGAGUUUGAAAAAAUCGAACGGGAGGGAUCCAGCGGGAUUAAUCCCGUUAAUCACUGUGUCCCGGGUGCCAUAAUUCUCUUCUUGCGCGCUCGCUACUGUCUAUUAAAUGGAGGGCAUAUAGACGAAUCAGUUCAACUUUAUUGGCGUUCAAUUCGUUCCCAAUCAGAAUAUAAACAAUUUCAUCAUAUCUGUCAUUGGGAAUUGGCUGUAACAAAUAUCUUUUUAUUGCAUUGGACUAGGGCUGCUUGGCAUGCCAAUAAACUUUAUGAAGAAAGUAGAUGGUCAAAAUCUAUUUAUGCCUAUCUUUUGGCUGUAUGUAUCGAGGCUGAUAAAAGUGGUGAUAUAGCUACAAUAUCCAAUAAAUGUGCUAAAGCUGAACAAUUGCUUUGGCUAUUUCUACGUGCAAUAUGUCUGGGAAAAUUGGGAGAGUUUCAUGAGGCAUUUGGGAUAUUUCAAAAAAUAAUUCGGAGGUGAUUAAUUUGAAGUUGAUAACUCGUUAUAAGAGUGACCUUAAGGCAAUUCUCGGGAAUUUUUCUAACUCUCAGAGGCUUUAUUUUCCUCCUAAAGGGGUUUAUCCCUCCUGAAGGGUUUUAAGUUAGGCAAG